CAAAACGUCACUACAGUAACGACUUCCGCUCGCGGGGCUGGCGAACAUAGUAACUCGCCAGAAACAAGAACAAGUCCGACCAUUACCACGAGUCCUACCCCCACGUCAGCAAAGAACCACCUCUCCGAUGUGAAGGAGCAUGAAGUUGUACUACCAGUUCAACAA